CGGUCGAACGCAAGCACCAAACGAGUCGAAAACUAUUGCAAUCAUGGCCCAGCUUGUGAGCCCGCAGUGCUCGUCCUGGUCCUUGGGCAGCAACUUCAACUUCAGUGGUAGCGGUCGAGCAGUGCCAGGCUCGAAGUUCGAUGUAGCAUCCACAGUCACUGCCAAUCCACUCGACAACGACAGCAAUCCAGGAUUCUACGAGGCGGUGCUAUCCCCAAUACCGACAGUUCACGAACAGGUAGUACACCAUCGAUCACGUCGCAACUCGGCACUCCUGGUCAAUUACUUCACAGCAGGACUAUUCCACAGUGUCGUACCAGCUCUGGUCUACCCGUUAUUUAAGAUCCGUCUAGGAUUGCAAGGCUACCAAGCAAAUUCGGUGCAAACGUUGCUGGGUUGUGCGUGGCACGGUAAACUUCUGCUAUGUCUGCUGACGGACUGCGUGCCAAUUUGUGGCCACAGGCGAACGCCAUACAUUUACAUUGGUUGGGUGCUCGUGCUGUCCAUCCUCAGUUUAAUGAUGAUCCUUCAUCCAGAUAUCAUGGUUGACAGUGAUGUCGGUGAUGCACCGAGAUUGAUUCUGGCGAUCACCGCUGCGUCGGUGGGGUAUUUACUGGUGGAUUCGGCGUGUGAUGGUUUGAUGGUGGAAACGAUGUACCGCGACAGUCAAUUGGAAGAGAGAGGGUUGUUUCGCACCGCGAGUCUUUCGCAGAGCGCAGUACAUACCGUAAGAUUCAUUGCUGAGCUUAUAGGAACGCUGCUCGUGGCAGUUGGAAUGAAUUCGGAGGAGUACAACGGCGGGUUUCCAUUUGAGAUUUCGCUUCGAGAAUUGCUCUUGGUUUUGAUUGUGGUUGCCUCGAUUGCAUUGGUUACUACCGCGUGGAGUCUCUAUGAGCCGCGUAGUACUCAGCCGGAAUUUGUAGGCGAUAUCGAUACAUUUCCUGUUGCAUUCCCGAAGUUGCGAUCAAAGCUGGGCGAGUUUUGGCGCAUAAUGCAGCAACGCGCAACGUGGCAAAUUGCCAGCUUUGGGUUUCUACAGAAGAUGAGUCUAUCUUUCGGAGUGGACUCGGCAUCUCCUGCGCAAGCCAUACACGAGUUCUGGUUGGACACCGAUCCAUUGACGAAGAACCUGUUUCUAGCUCUAACAAAUGGUGGAGUCUGCGUCGCAGCUUCCGUCUUCGUGCACCGACGCCUUUUGUCGACGAGUUGGCACUCAUCGGUUUGCAUUGGAUUGCUUGGUGGACUAAUUACCGGCUUCUCAGUAGCAAUGAUGAUGGUGUUCGAUGUGUGGCGCAGCAAGUUUUUCUUCUUGGUCGCUAACCAAAUCGUUGCGUUUACUGACUGCAUCGCUAUGGUGGUGCGAAUGCUCGUGGUUGUGGAAAUUGCUGAGCCUGGUUUCGAGAGCAGCACGUACGGACUCGUCACUUCGGUCUACAAUCUUGCAGAUCCGGUGGCAACAGCGUUGAACAACGCAAUCGGAGCGUAUUUUCGAGUUUUCGAUGCUGACAUUCAACAGGACGCCGAUGACGUUCGAAUAAGAGCUGGAGCUCUUUUUGCGGCGCUUUUCACGGUGCGCGCCGUGGUGGGUUUGGGGGCAAUUCCUUUGUUGCCAAACCAAAAGCACAAUGCCCGGGAAUUAAAAACUCAAGGAGGAUCUAGCAAAAGCAUGGCAUUGACGGUUUUUGGGUCUAUUGGUGUAGGCUUCAUUGUAGCUCUUGUGGCCAACAUCCUUUCGAUUUUCCAAAGCACGUCAUGUCUAAGGUUUGCUGGUGGCGUAGGUUGCUGAGACUUUGCAGAGAACUCUGGUAGUUCUCAAACCUGUUAACGAGUAGCCUAGUGGUAUUUAUUUGUUUUAUGCUGGAGUUGAAAAGUGAAUCGUAAAUGGUGGUCGUUCAGGUAAUGUGCCACCGAGACUUGACAGAAUCUCGUGUUCACGAACGCUAACACGGUAUCGGCUUUUAUGUUCGAACUCUGCUGCGGGGAUGAAACUUAGUCUAGCUGUGCGCUCGCAGAAAGUAGCCUUCCCCUGGACAACACAAUUGUCAAGAGAUUCGUUUGCUACCCGUAUAACGAGGUGCAUUCCAGUGCGAUUCACGCCUCGGAUGAACGGAUCCAAGUCAAAGUGAACAGCGUCAGGCACGUGAGCACAUUUUUCUCCAUCUUGUGGUGUCACUGACACCAAGUGCUUUGAGAAGGAAUCUUGCUGGCGCAAAGUUUUUAGCGCUCGCUGCGACUCUGGUGACUCAAAUUCAGUGAGGAACUUGGCUGCAAUGGGAUCUUCUUCACCGUCACUUUGAGCGCUAUCGGAAUGGAGAUGCAAAGUAUGGCAUAAUUCAUGACAAACCAGUAGCUUUGCCUCUUGAUCAGUUGCUUCCUCGAGACGACCCACAGCGAUGCGUAGAUAUGAUCGCACCGUCUUCAUAAUCCACGGGAUACUGCUGUCUGCGGGUACUUCUAGUUCAGUUCGAAGCACCCGAGCGCAUUGCAGACUACAGCAGUCGCUAGCCAGGAUCUCUGCUAGGCUCACAAAAACCUUGUGUAGUGCGUCUUCGAACCAUUCGUCCAUAAGAAAGCUGCAAUGGUAUUGCGAAAGAGUUAGAAGUGAACUGAAAUGGCAAUUGUGGAAAUCAUGGAGAACUUACUACUGCAACCAUCCUGGAGAGGAUAGCUUGGCGAUGACUUCGUAAGCUUCCUGGUAAUCAGGCGCGAAAUGUCAAUAGAUCAACAAUGAGUACGCUUUGACAAAGCAGAGACUUACCCUUAAUAAUUCGUGGAGGCGGUGGAUAAUUGGCAUACUAUCGAUAGGACACCUUUCCAGCCCUGGGAGUACUCGUUGAACGCGCAGAAAGGGCUCCAUGAGUUUUAUGUAGUAGUCGCUUGCGAGUUUAAUUUGUGUGAGUUGUCUCUCCAACGUUUUGUAGCCCGACAACAAUAGUGCAAGCUCAAAAUUACACGA